AUGAGUACCCAAGGUUCUUUCUUCCACUGGAUGUUCCCAAAUAAAAUUCAACAGCACAGGGGGAUUCUCUACCUGCUAUUGCAUUUUGGAUGGACAUGGAUUGGGGUGUUAUAUAUUGAUAUUGGGAAACAGACACAGGUAUUACUACAAAAUGUGCUUCCCUUGUUUUCGAAAAAUGGCAUCUGCUUUGAUUUCAUCAGAAAACUAGCUGAAGGCUACAUCAAUGACUUUGACGAACUAGUAGAAGUGAUUCAUAAAUUAUUACUUUUUCUCUUGACCCGUACUUCUAAUACGGUGAUUGUUCAAGGUGAAUUUCCAAGUAUAUUAACUUUAAGGAAUUUCUUCAAAGUAGCUGAAUUUUUGGUAACGUCAGAAUAUUCGAAAGUCUGGAUUAUGACAUCAGAUGUUGAUUUUGUAUCCGUUCCCCAUCAAAGAGGUUGGGAUUUAAAUUUCCUUCAUGGAUCUUUAUCCUUGGCAAUUAAUUUCAAGGAUGUUUCUGGCUUCCAUCAGUUUCUUCGAGCAAGGAACCCUCCUUUGAAGAAGGAAGAUGGCUUCCUAAGAGAAACCUGGCAACAGGUAUUUAAUUGUGUCUUCUCUAGUUUCACCGGAGACAAUAUGAGUGAGGACAUUUGCACUGGAAAUGAGCAGCUAGGGACUCUCCCUAUGUCGGUGCUUGAAAUGAGAAUGACAGCUCACAGUUACAGUGUCUACACAGCUGCGUAUUCCAUUGCAUAUGCUUUGCAUGCCAUGUAUUCUUCUAUGGACAACCAAAAGGGAAUUGCAAAUGGAUGGAGACAGAAAGUUCAUCAACAGUCGUGGAAGAUGCAUCACUUUCUUAGGUAUGUCUCAUUUAAUGACAGUAAUGGAAGAACUAUUUCUUUUGACCAAAAUGGAGAGUUGACCCAGCCCAUUUCAUUGUGUAAUGAGAAAUGCCAUUCAGGUUACAGAAAAAGCACAAAAGAAGGACAACACUUUUGCUGCUAUGAUUGUAUUCCAUGUUCAGAAGGGAAGAUCUCCAACCAGACAGACAUGGAUGAUUGCAUUCAGUGCCCAGAUGAUCAUUACCCAAAUAAAGACCGUGAUUCAUGCAUUCCCAAACCUAUCAGUUACCUAUCUUACGAAGAUAAUUUGGGGACCAGCUUGGCCACAAUGGCUCUUGUGUUUUCUUUUACUACAAUUUACAUUCUAGGAAUCUUCUUGAAGUAUCACAACACUCCCAUUGUCAAAGCCAACAACCGUAGCCUCUCCUACAUCCUCCUCAUCUCCCUUCUCCUUGCCUUCCUUUCUUCCCUGCUGUUUAUUGGUCGACCCAGAAGUAUCACUUGUCUUCUUCGACAAACUGCCUUUGGCAUCAUCUUCUCAGUGGCGGUUUCUUGUAUGUUGGCCAAAACAAUCACAGUGGUUCUUGCAUUCAUGGCCACUAAGCCAGGAUCAAAGAUGAGGACGUGGGUUGGAAAACGACUAGCACUUUCUGUCAUUUUUUUCUGUUCCCUUGUACAAACACUACUUUGUGUAGUCUGGCUUUCCACCUCUCCCCCCUUCCCAAAUGUUGACAUGGACUCUCUUAGCACUGAAAUCAUUCUAGAAUGUAAUGAAGGCUCUGUUGUGAUGCUUUAUUGUAUAUUGAGCUUCAUGGGCCUUUUGGCUGUUAUCAGUUUUGUUGCAGCUUUCCUAGCCAGGAAACUACCAGACACUUUCCAGGAAACCAAAUCCAUCACUUUCAGCAUGCUGAUCUUUUGCAGCGUCUGGUUGUCCUUCGUACCUGCCUACAUGAGUACCAAAGGCAAAUAUAUGGUGGCCGUGGAGAUCUUUGCCAUCUUGGCCUCCAGUGGGGGAUUACUGAUUUGUAUCUUUUCCCCAAAAUGCUAUAUCAUCGUCUUGAGGCCUGACCUCAAUAGAAAAGAGCAUCUGAUAAAAAGAAUCAAUUAA